AUGGAAUUCCUUCAGAAGUGUUUCUUCAAGGCUACCAAUUGGAAUGAGGAUAACAUCUUUAACAACAUAACAGCCACAUCACAAGCGCUUCUUGACUUCCAGAUACCUAAUGGAGCUAAGCUAGAAGUACUGUCAAGGGCAACAGACCAUCUGGCUCUGUCGUUAACGCUACUGAACUACCAAACAAUAAAUGGCUCUUUGGCCUACCUAUAUACAUCUGUCCCGUUACGCAAUGCUACAGGAACGAAAGACAUCUCGCUUCAAGACGCGAUAGCCGGAUUUCGUAUCAUUGAACCAUACUCCAUAGGCUCGGAGAGAAACAAAGACCCAAGAAAUGACAAGGCAUCUUUACUAUAUGGCAGAAUGUACUUUCCCGGGUCUGUUCUCGAGGCAAUGAUGAUCAAAAAGAUAUCGGCACAGACUCAGCUUCUAGUGAAAUGUAUCAACAACCCGCAUCUAAAACGAAAUGGCACCAUGAUUAUGUACCUCCAACGCAAUGCUGCCAGGUUUUCUCAAGAGUACAUCUACUCCACCAAUGAGGCACUUUUUGGUUUCCGUUGUCUCUACAACUUUGGCAAUAGUCGCCCUGCAACUCCUCCGUUGAUACCAAAGUUCGAUAACUCGGUUGUCUCUGUAGGGGCAGAAUUCUGGUAUGCUGCAAUGUCAAUGAGCCCAGGGCUCUCUACGGCUUUCAGAUACUCUACCAGAUCAACUUCCACAGGGAAACCACUCACAAUGACGCUCUCGUGCAACCCAAUCUUGGGUCAUAUCUCUUCGACAUACAACGUCAAGACAUCAGUUGCAUCCACAGUGUGCUCAAAGUACGACUUUAAUUGGUAUUCAUACGCCAGCAACCUUUCUAUCGGCUUUGAGCUUUACAACUUUUCCAAGCCAAGCAUCAAAUCCAACCAUCAUAGACGUUCCGACCCCAUAAUUCACCACGAGAACCUCGCGCCUCCUUUGAACCUGAGCUCAAAUCUCCAUGAAGCUAAUUCCUUCCAGGUCAGUCCUUAUGAUCGUUUUGAAGGACACCGAAUGGUAAACCCCAUGCCUGGACUGCCUUACGGUGAUACAGCCUCCAAUGGUAUCAGUAGGCUUCGAAGUGAGCAAGAGAUACAAAACCAGACAGUAAUGACAGCUUUCCAGAGCCUCGUCAGUGAAAGUAACUUUUCCUCGGUCCUUAAAGCAUCUACAAGUUUAAGCGACCGCAUGCUAAAAUUACUCUGGGUCGGUCGCUACAAAGAGUUCUUGGUGAGCACAGGUGUGAAGAUCAGAGCCAGCCCAACAAAGAACAUACCCGAAAUUAGCAAAUUUGGUAUUUGCUUCUCCUAUGCAUCGUAA